AGAGCUGAACCGUUGUGUAAGCAGCGUCCCGCCGCCGGAGGGAGGAGUCCUGACGCAAGCUCACGGGCUGUGGUGUGCUGUAAAAUUCCACUGUAUUUAUAGUUUACAUUUACAGUCGAAAACAAACAUCGAGAUUCCAACAGGUAAGCUACACUCCUCUACCCACAGGCUAAACUAAUUUUCGAGUACAUGGAGCUGGAUCGACGACUCUUGUUGGCUCACUGCGCCGCCUACACCCUGUCCGUUAUCGCUGGACUCUUGGUGGUCGUACCGCUCGCCCUAAACGGAUCCGCUUUCAAGGGAAGGUGCGCGCUGUUUAGUCAAGGAUUCUGGAGGACGGAGAACCUCACGGUGGGCGAAGGAGAGUCCAAAGCGGUUACUCAUCUGGUGGUGCAACAAUGGGGUCCACUGGCCGCCUGUCAGUUCGCCACAUUUGUCGGUGUGUUUACAGUGCUGUACGGCGCAGUUCAGGGCUGGAGGAGCCUGUUCUAUCUCCAUCGGCGGCAUGACGACACGCUGUUCUCUGCCUUCCUCACGCUGUUGCUGAGUCUAUGUGUGUUGUUCCUCUCUGGAGGGGCCAGUGUCACUCUCACCCUGGGUCUGGUGUCCUGGUGCAACACUGUUACGGACGAUAACACCAGACCCUACAGUUGUGCUGAGUCACAGUCUGUCCCUCUAUAUCUGGACGUUGAGACAUCCUCUUUCUACUCUGAGCUCAAUUGCGCGCAGAUCUCUCUGUGGUGUGUAACGGCUUUAUGGUUGGCUCACUCUAUUUUGUCCUUCCUGAGGCUCUACCAUUCCCACAGUCAGCAGAUCAGCAGACCGUGUUUAUCCAGGGAGAAGGAACUCCUCCUGGGCCAAACACAAGCGGAAUGUCCUAUUCAUCAUCCGCAUCCACACUCGCACCCUUCACACACUCCCAGUGUUUUUAUUUAGCCAUACAGUGUUCAUAGAAGUUGCACUUUGAGGUUAAUCUAAGGCCAGAUUGGAAAGAAGGAAUGAGAAGAUUGGUCCAAGAUUAGCGUAAAAGGGAAUUAACUUCUAAUCUAAACUCUCAAUCCCCACAGUUCUCAUGCAUGUUACACAAAGAAUAACCUCAGUCAUCGGAAUUAUCCUGGGUAUCAUUUGUUACUUUUUAUGCACUUGUUGAAAAGUUUUUGUUGUGUAGAUUGUAGUGCUUAAAUUGAGGUAAAGUGUUUUGUGCACACUGCACACCCAUUUAUAACUUUGCCAUAACGAAUGUCAAAGUAUCCUCAAAUAGAUAUAUAUAUUGCACUAUUAAUGCAUCACUCUUGCAUAUGCAAGAUGUUGUCUAACGUUGUAUGUUCAACCAUAUAAUGCGAAUUUUAAGUGAAUGGGAAAGAAAGACUAGCCUGUUGCAUGUGCUCAAGUCAGACCCAUGCUCGUUUUGUACUGUGAACCUAUACACGUACAGUGUGACUUUUUGCAUACCGAAUGGUACUGUCACUCAAGCCAGACAUUCUUUUUCUAAUCCGAUGAAGGUUUUUUAUAUGAAGCUGUUUGUGUUGAUGCAACCUCCUAGUUCAGAAUCCACUUUUGGUGGAUAUAGCAUUGCUUAAUGAAGUGACGGAAAUUCAAAGACAGGGAUAAGCUGGAAAAACAUGAGAUGGAAUGUCAAGAAUGUUGCUCAUCCUUUUUGAAUCCUGAACCUUUGACCUGGAGGAUUGUUGUGAAACACAGACAGCUGAAUAAGAAACAGGAGGGAGAUGAGUGAGAAAUGUUCAUUAAUGGCUUGGAAAUGUGAUUAUUUUUGAUGCUUGUGUUUUAUACUGCUGUUUGUAUCCAGUAUUUAUAAGCUCUUUCACUUGAGUAAAGGUGAUACAACAUGG